UCGCACGGUUUCGUUUCAGAUGUGAAGUUCGAAGCCAAAGCGGCUUUGAAGCAAGCCCUGGAAAUGAAGCGCCAAGGAAAGCGAGAAAAAGCUCACAAACUCUUCGUAUACGCCCUCAAAAUGGACCCCGAUUACGUGGACGCCCUGAACGAAUUCGGUAUCUUUUCUGAAGAGGAAAAAGACAUUCUUCAGGCCGACUACCUGUACUCCAAAGCACUCACCAUUUCCCCCUGCAACGAGAAGGCUUUGAUCAACAGGGACCGGACGCUGCCUUUGGUAGAAGAAAUAGACCAGAGGUAUUUCAGCAUUAUCGACAGCAAGGUUAAAAAAGUGAUGGCGAUCCCGAAAGGCAACUCCGCCCUGCGCCGGGUGAUGGAGGAGUCCUACUACCACCACAUCUACCACACGGUUGCGAUUGAAGGGAACACCCUGACGCUGUCGGAGAUACGACACAUCAUCGAGACCAGGUACGCUGUUCCUGGGAAAAGCUUGGUGGAGCAGAACGAGGUGAUCGGCAUGCACGCGGCUUUGAAAUACGUGAACACCACGCUGGUGUCGCGGAUAGGCUCCGUGACCAUCAGCGACAUCCUGGAGAUCCACCGCAGGGUGCUGGGCUACGCCGACCCCGUGGAGGCCGGGCGGUUCAGGACUACGCAGGUGUUCGUAGGGCACCACAUACCGCCCCACCCCCAGGACGUGGGGAAGCAGAUGCAGGAGUUUGUGCAGUGGAUGAACUCCGAGGACGCCACGGGUCUGCACCCCGUGGAAUUUGCUGCCUUAGCCCACUACAAGCUGGUUUACAUCCAUCCCUUUGUGGAUGGCAACGGGAGGACCUCCCGGCUGCUGAUGAACCUCAUCCUGAUGCAGGCGGGCUACCCCCCCAUCACCAUCCGCAAGGAGCAGCGGGCGGAGUAUUACCACGUCCUGGAGGUCGCCAACGAGGGCGACGUGAGGCCUUUCAUCCGCUUCAUCGCUCAGUGCACCGAGACCACGCUGGACAUGCUGAUCAUCGCCACCACCGAAUACUCCGUGGGCUUACCCGAAGCGGACGGCAGCACGGCGGGGUGCAAACAAACCAUCCCUGUCAAGACUUGAGUGCUGCGGGCGCGCAGGAGCCAGGGAAGGUGGGGGGGGGGGAACAGAAAGCCAUGCUGCUCAGUAUUCUUGCCGGGAAGGAACUUGACAGGAGGUGUCACUCUUUAGCAUUUCAUUUAUUUAAAGUCUCUUCUGUUGGAUUAAAUUAAUAUAAUUUAUUUAUGUACACGAUGCCAAGCUGAAAUGUGAACUGUGGAUGUUGACUGUAUGCUCUAACCUGUGUGCGCUACAGUGAGAAGGUGGGGAGAGGUAUCACGGGCUCAACAAACCGGAGUAGAAAUAAUUCAUUUCUCCUUAAAAUUAAGCUUUGAGGAGCUGCUUCCAUCACAGCCCUUCACCUAGUCACUCAACAGCCUUGUCUUACCAGGGCAAGGAGCUGCUAGGCCGGCCAAAGCCUUAACGGACUUGCUGCUCUCACGUUACCCCUUCCCCGUUGUUCAAAAUCCCCUUGCAGCCAUAGCACCCUCCCAGCUACGCCGAUCAGAUUCUCCCCUUCCUUCAGCCAGCACAGAUGAGGAGGCUCGCUGCAGUUCAGCGAUGACAUCUCUCCCCCCUCCUCUUUCUGUUUCCAGCAGCACUUUGCAUCUUUACUUUCAGUCGCCUUUCCUAGGGCGAGUUGUGUGCAACAAGCGGCAAGUGUUUUGUCUGUGGUGACUGGAAAGAGACGAGAAAGGCCGACUUCACCGAACCGCGGGGUGCUUUUGCUGUGCUUUCAACAGAAAUAUGUUCGUGCCCGGAGGCCCUGCCUCAGAUCCCACGUCAUCAAGCAGCUUCCCCAGGACACUGCAGCUGUCUUCGUGUGUUUCUGUUCAGGGUUUGAGCAGAGCUUGCUCCUGCAAAGCUGCGGGCAGAGAAGGUGGUUACGCAGAACCAGAAGGCUGCCUUCAUCAGUUGGGCCGUUUGGGGAAGAAUUCAUCCAGCACGUUUGCCAAGAACUUGAGUUUCCUUAAUCUACACGAAGAACUUUUCACUACAGCUUUAUUAGUUACCAGGUCGUGUUAUUACUGUGAUAAACGCGGUAAGAAUCACCAGGCCUCUUCAUGCUGCAGAGGCCGCGUGCUGUACCUGGAAUUGCCAUCCCAUUCAAAGUGCACCUUAUCCUCUGCAGCUUAGCAGGCAGGAGUAGCUGCCUACACGCUGUCGCUGGUUGCAUAGCAGCAGAAUUCCCCGUAUCUUCGAUCCCAACACCUCCACGUUCAGAAAACGUGGAUCAGAAAAUGUGGAAGCUUAAUGCCUCUGCAAAACAGCAUGGGUUGUUGUAGUGUCCCGGGCCCAUUUGUAUUUCAUCCCUCUAACUCUCACCUGCAAUGUAGUUAUGAUGUUUUAUACAAAAAAAUAAGACAAUAGAAUAAGACUGGGAGGUACCUGUGUGCUGCAGCACCAGCCCCUGCUCACGUACUGAUGACUGCUGCCAGGAAAAGCAAGCAGAAGGGGAGGAAGGUUGCUCUGUUUUUACAAAACAUGCUUAUUUUUGUAGUGCAAGGUGAGUGUAAAGAUAUUCUGCACUUUAGAGCUCUGGAAAAAAUGUUAUUUUAGUAACAGAUUAAUAAAGUAUUUUAAUAUUAAA